AUGCCGUAUGGCAUAAGGCCUCUAUGCAAUCCAAAUUUUCCGACGCUCUGUCCUCAGACUUCUCUUCCGGCUUUUCCCAACUAUGCCUCGGCACAUCUAUUACCGCUGGAGCAUCAGUUCUACCCCAACAUUUCUCCUCUCUUUGGUGUUGAUUCUUUAUCUGAAGAUAAGGUGGAUGCAUCAAUGCGAGACGAGUCUUUGACGCGCCUUUUAUCACUUCAUCGCGCCUAUUACGAUUUGUCUCCUGUCAUUUUCUGCAAGGCUGUCUGUCUCGUUGAUACUUUUAUUACUCGUGUGAAAGUUAAGCCGAAGUACAUGAUGUGCGUUGCAACGGCCUGCUACUACAUCGCAUCGAAAUUUGAGACCGGCAAACAACCCCGCCCAACUGUUGACAGUCUCGUACGCCUUACUCGUUGUGGCGGGUCUGUCGCCGACUUGGUCAGGAUGGUGGACAUUGUUUUAACAAAACUUGGUACAUCAACGGUGACGGCCGUUGGUGCGACGUCUGCCACUACCCUCGACUUUCUUUCCGCAUUUAUGAGUGAUACAGGUCUCAAAUGCGUCGACCUUCCUACUUUUCUCGUUCGACAGGUCGAGAAUGCGCUGUGCGCGACGAAUUCGGCUCUCUUUCGUCCUUCCUGUUUGGCUCUGGCUCUGUUGCUGUCCUACAAACAGAACGUCCCGCCGGUUUGUGUGAAUGACUCUGAGUCUUCGGCUUAUAAAUCUCUUCAGAGCAUCGACCUGCGCGAUUUGUUCACAAUGGCAAACCUCGGCAAGGUGAAUUGGGCCGACGUGGAGGCGUGUUCUCGAACCCUUUUUGAGAACGGGACUCUCAAAAGUUACUCGCCAACGAGGUCCCCAGUUUCUGCUGCAGAAGUGGUAUGGAAUCUGUCUAGACGCACCCGUCUGAAUCUCUCUGGGUCUGCACCACCAUCACUAAAAACAAUCUCGGAGCACGAUGGUUUUAAUUUGGAGGACUUCCUCAGUGUUGGUAUCCAUAUGCGAACGAACGGUAAACCGGACGUGAUGAUUUUGACGCUUUUCAUCUCAACUAUCAAUCAUGAAUAG